AUGCACUAUAGUGCCCUAAUCUUUGUUUACUCCAAUAGAGAAAUCCGACGGAUCUCUUCUAGAGCCCAUUUUUUUCAAGGUGCAGAGUCCUCAUCGAGCGGGUCUGUGGCGACAGGACCGGACGUUGAGUCUCGAAUCCGACAAGUUGGCGACACCCUGGAUGUCUACCGACAGCUAUUCAGGAUCGAAUCGGCGUCGCCAGAUGACGACUUUAUGCUGAGCGGGCCAGCCGGCACCAGCAGUGUGAUCGACGAAAUAGAGACGAUAGAGAAGGCUCUGCGACAACUGAAAUUCCUCCUUCGGUAUGGAGACUAUGCCGGCCGCGUUUGGAAGUGUCUUCAGCUCGCCUCACGACGUACCCCAAAUCCUUUGCCAUCAUCUGUGGUCACUGUCAAUUCUAGCCUCGAGACGGACCGUCUUGAUGGAGGUCAUCAGAUCUUCUGCACUCUCCAAGGAUCCGUAAAGGCUCUUCGGAAAGAUGGCUGGAGUGACCUUGAUACAGCUGCAGCAAUGGAGGUAAUCAAAGCUUACGCGACUCGAAACCAAGUCUGCCACCGUGAGAGCAAGACCAAGGAACAACUCCGUAAGGAUUGCUCUGAGCUCGCCAGUCUCUUGCCUGGUGAUUGGGUGACCAGUCACGGGGCUUGGGUACGUAGUGUCAACUUGUGGGAUCGUGCUGAAGAGCGGUUAGCUCAGGAGCUUGCUCCUGCUACUACUGAUACGAGCCUCACUCGUUUCUGCGCCAACGCACUGAGUCGACACUCCAUUUCCGAAAAACGGGAGUUCCAACAGGUCCUCAUGGCGGGCUUAUUCCAUUCGGAGCUUGAGCAUCUUUGUGAUGGAGGGGAACAAAAACCGCACACGCCUCACCGGACCCUGAGAGGCGGUAAGGUCCGAUCCGUUUCCCUAUGUGCUUCGCAAGCGUGA